ACAUUCAAACACAGCGCUCGUUUCGAAGUGUGGAGGACAGGAUAGUAUGAAAUUAUGAGACCCCAGUCAAAUCACAAACCCAACGUUUUGGACAUCAAGUCAGAGCUUUUUGACCUACUCAGGCAACGGAAAAGCCUAACAGAAACACUUGCUGCAUUAGAACGUCAGAUAUACCUGUUUGAAGGUAGUUAUCUUGACGACACAGCACCAUACGGGAACAUUAUCAAGGGUUGGGACCGAUACUUGAUGUCUAACACGUCGAACUCCACGAUCACUGAUAAACGUGCUAGGAAAUUUCGUGAUUCUGAUCGUCUUUUUUCAAGAUCUUCAGUGACUUCAGUUUCGUCUUUGAAUUCGCAGAAUGAAAAUGAAUCUGGGGUUCCUAAUGUACCUCCGACUAACACACAUAUGAGUGGACACUACAAUCAAUCGUCUCCUAAUUUCUUGGCUGAUGGGUUUCCAAGUAAUCAGUUUUCGCAAGUUGGCAAGAAUUUCUCCAGUUACAGCAGCCCUUCACAAACGGGGAAAAAGAAAAAAUCCAGGCAACGGUGAAAUUCGCUUUUUUGAAUAGUUUAUAAUUUUAUGUUAGUGUAUCAGGUACAAAUAUAUACUGAAAAAGCCGCAAGAAUGUAUUCUUAAAAGAAAAGAAAACUUGUUAGUUGGUUUUCUGUUACUUAUUGUACCGUCUGUUCUGAAAAUCAAGCUUAGGUGAAAUAUAAGGAGAUUGUUUUUGAGGUGGCGUGUGUACUUUCUAUAAUAACGGUAUGGCGUAA